AUGAUAUAAUAGAUUAAAUAUUACAAAAAAUUAGAAGAAUUUUUAAACUCUUAACUUUAAUCUAACUAGUAUCUCCAUAUUGCUUUGAGCUAUAAUGAAUUUGGUUCAAAAGGUGUAAAAGGUGUAUAAGACUUAGGUUCUGCAUUAGCAAAUUGCACUAAUCUCUCAAAUUUGACACUUCAUCUUUAUGACAAUUAAAUUGGUUAUUAAGAUGCAUCAGACUUAGGUUCUGCUUUAGCAAAUUGCACUAAUCUCUCAAAUUUGACACUUGGUCUUUAUUGCAAUUAAAUUGGUGAUCAAGGUGCAUCAGACUUAGGUUUUGCUUUAGCAAAAUGUACUAAUCUGUCUAAUUUGACACUUGAUAUUGGACAAAAUUUAAUUGGUGCAAUUGGUGCGUCAAGCUUAGGUUCUGCUUUAUCAAAUAGCACUAAUCUCUUAAAUUUGAACCUUAAUCUUGACUACAAUUAAAUUGGUGGAACAGGUGCAUCAGACUUAUGUUCUGCUUUAGCAAAUUGUACUAAUCUCUCUAAUUUAUAACUUGACCUUAGAAAAAAUUUAAUUGAUGCAAAAGGUGCAUCAGGCUUAUGUUCUUCUUUAGCAAAUUGCACUAAUCUCUCAAAUUUGAAGCUUCAUCUUGAUCACAAUUAAAUUGGAGAAUAAAAUGCAUCAGACUUAGGUUCUGCUUUUGCUAAUUUCACGAAUCUCUCAAAUUUGACACUUGGCCUUUAUGACAAUUAAAUUGGUGCAACAGGUGCAUAAAGUUUAUGUUCUGCUUUAGCAAAUUGCACUAAUCUCUCAAAUUUGAGACUUAACCUUAGUAGAAAUUAAAUUGGUGAUGAAGGUGCAUCAGGCUUAGGUUCUGCUUUAGCAAAUUGCAUUAAUCUCUCAAAUUUGACACUUGACCUUAGUAGAAAUUAAAUUGGUGAUGAAGGUGCAUCAGGCUUAGGUUUUGCUUUAGCAAAUUGCAUUAAUCUCUCAAAUUUGACACUUUAUCUUUAGUAAAAACAGUUUAUUUGUUUUGGAUU